CGCAUGUCUAAACACUUCGCCAUCCCACAGUUGUAGUUACUUAACUGUGAGAGAAACCGGGUGAGCACGUUUGUCACCCCGCUUUGAGAGAACAAAUUGUCACUGGCGCAGAGAACUUUUGAACACUGUCGUUUGGUCGUGCAUGUCUCUGAGAGCCUGACGUUUCUCUUCAAUGGCUGCCUCUGGCUCCUCCACCACAGUGCCUGAAGGAUUUCACUAUGAGACCAAGUAUGUCAUCCUCAGCUACCUCAGCCUGCCCUCGUCAUCAAGAUCAAGACCCUCACAGGCGGCAGAGGGAGAGAGCCAUUCUACACAGGAAGUGGAAAGAGAGAGGAACAGCAGCCUGAAGAAACAGAUUGAAAAUGAAAUGAAGCAGCUGGAAGAGGAAAUUGCGGCCUCCUUUUCCAGGACCGGUUUUGAUCAGCACACAUCCCCAGUGUUCAGUCCAGCCAAUCCAGAGAGCUCCAUAGAGGACAGUCUGGCAGUAUUGGGGGACCGCGUCUCUCGAGACCUGGACACACAUCUGUUCUCUGCCACUCACACGCUUCUGAGCAGUGACUUGAACUUCGAAUGCUUCAGAGCAGCGGUGGACGAGGUUUCCUCUCAUGUUCAAGGAGGAUGGAGCAAGGUGUUGGUACCUUUAGUAUUGUUACAAGCCCUGCAGGCCAAGGGUCAAUCGCUAGAAGCUCUGCUCCAGUAUGGUUUGCGUUACCUUGAAGAAUCACAGGCAGACUUCAUCAUUCAGCAGGGAGGAUGGGGCACAGUGUUCAGCCUGGAUGAAGCGGAGGAUCCUGGCGUGAUCAUAGCCGAGGACAGUAACGACAUCUACAUCCUGUCAGGUGAACAGGCCUCAGAUCAGCUCAGCCCUCCUGCUUCACUGCUGACUCUCGGAGACAGUAUUGAACCAGCUUCCUGGCAGACGGAGAGUCUUCCAGUGUCUCUGACUGGACACGAAUCUUGGGCGCAGGUCAGCAUGAUGGACCCAGAAGACGUCAAGAGUCUGGACAGCGCCGAGGGAGUGGCGUUGGCUGAGGAGCAGAGCGAGAACAACUCCUCGAACUCUGACAUAGUGCAUGUGGAGCGUGAAGAUGCUGAGCUGCUGGAAGAAGCUGGAGAGACUGUGGAAGAAGGAGAGCUACAGAGUAGCGUACUCAGUGUUCUGGGAAGUGAAAGCGAGCUCGCUGCUGUCCGAGAACAAGAGCCUGCUGCAUCUGAGCUGCUUGCAGAACCGGCGGUGAUGGAGAUUCCUCCUCCUCCUUCUCCCUCUCCUCCUCCUCCUCCUUCUUCAGCAUUGGCAGAACAAGAGCUCCCGCCUGUCCAUGCUGCUGUUACGGCCUCAAUUCCCGUGCCUGAGCCUGAAUUUCAGUCUCAGCCUGUUCCUGCUCCUAUGGAGCCGCCUCUAUCAUCCCCACCCGAACCCGAAGCAACCCUGGAGCAAGAGAUUCUUUCAGAGGUUGAGCUGAAGACCUCCCAAUCUCCAGACCUUCCAAUCCCAAGCCCUGCGGAGGUGCAGACCACGUCAGUGCCACAAGCUGAGUCCGCCGAGCUCCCUGUGCUGCUAUAUGGAGGUGCUGCCCUGGUGGCCGUCGCUGCAGUGUUGGCCUUUGGAGCUCUGGCCUACAGGAAGAAGUAGAAAGUCCUUGACUGUCCAUGACCUCGCUGUAUCUCUUGCCCUGUGGGUCAACGUGCUGCCACAAGCUGCACUUUAUGGGAAAAUAAGUACUCCUCUUAUUUGUGUCAUACCAGUUUGUUUUCCGUUCUCAUUGCUUUUAUUCAUUGGCGUAGUUCUGGAAACCAGCUUUAUAGCUGGAAAGGAACUUGCAGGUGCAGAUUCAGGUUUCUUUCGUGCUGUAUUUGUGAACAUUUGGAGUGAUCCGUUUUCUAGGCUGCGACUGAGGUUUCGCCAGGCUUCUUAAUAUUAAUAAAAGGAACAUCAAGGCUUGUUUCUAAAAAUCAAAGGGAUAGAUCACCUAAAUCUCAAAAUUAGCUGUUAGUUUAUUCACCUGCAGGACAUCCAAGUUAUAACUGUUUUUUUUUCUUUUUUAGUUGAUCAUUAGAGAGAGUUUUUAGCAGAAACUGGUUCUUGGUUAUUCAUAAUACACAGGUCAGCACUACUAGCACUUUGACAGUCCAAACAAACACGACAUUUACUGGCAAAAUUAAACCAAUACUUGCAGCUCCUGAUGAUACAUUGAGGUAUGUCUUUGCAAAAUACCUUUAAUCCCCAGCCUCAGCAGACAGAUACAUUCACAAUAGAUGUCAUUAUACAAGCUCGUGUGACUCAUGAACACACUCAGAUCUGUCUGCUGACAAUUACAGUACUCAUAUUAAAAUAAUAUUCCGUUUCUCAGACAGACCAAUCAUUUUACAUCAUAAAAGCUACACUCAAAAAACAUUUGUUGUUUGUUCAAACUACUUCAUUAAAAUGAAGCGAGAAAAGCAAUUCUUGAAGUUUUUUGGGGCAACUUAAUUUUUUAAGUUCAAUCCACUUACAUUUGUAAAGCCUAAUAAGUUAACUUAAUUCCUUCAUGUUGUCCCAACGCAAGGCAAGUUUAUUAAUAUAGCCUGUGUAUAGAAUAGAAUGUGUGGAACCAAGGACUUUGUUUACAGUGUAUUUAUCUUCAAAAGCCACUGGAAUUAAUGUUUUGCCAGAAUAUGCUUUGUUUUUUUGACUCGAUGUGUUGUAGCUGCUGCAUAUUAUCAAUCACCACAGACCGUUUCAGCUUAAAAUCGAUUUCAGUGUUCUGUUGUGUGACCUGAGGGUGAAUAAAUUAAAAUUUGUUUUAUUUUUGAGGAAACAUCUCUCAUGUUUUUUGUAAGUGAACUGUAUGUAAUUUGAUUGAAUGAAAUGAAGUUUGAUUUUACACAAGUUUGUGUUAUUGUCUGAAUAUUGUUUAACUCAGCAGGUCAUGGUAAGCACUCAUUAAAUUACUUUGUACAGUUUUUAUUUAACAUUCUUAGGUCAUACAAAACAGACAAUUCGGCACAAUGCCGCCUUCAGUGUGUGACACAAUCCUCAAUCCACUCUUUUAUCCCACAGUCAAUCACAUUACAUCCAUAGUUAGACAGCUACUCGGUUAAAUCUCAUUUUAAUUUAAAUAUACUGUAAUUAACCACACAAGAAAUAUGUACCUUCACCUUGAAAAACUCUCUCUAUUGCACAGGAAAAAUAACAUCAUCAUUCAUUUAUUCAUAUCUACGUCAAUGCAAUGAAAUUCCGACAGUCCAAAACAUGAACACAUUUUCAUCUCAUUAUUUGUAUCAUUACAUACUCAAAAUCCAUGAUUCACAAUAUUAUAGCUAAACAACAAACCAUUAAAGAAACACAGAAAGGUCCAAUUCCUCAUUUAUUCCUCUUGGCGCAGGUGAUUUUAAUGUAUUAAUCCAGAACGCUUCUCUUUGUCAUGAUCUUUAAUUCAGAUUACCUCCUCUAUGUGACUCAAACACUUCUUCAGUUCCUAUACAUUCUAGAUGUUUAACGUCAUGUCUGUUUUGUAUCAGAAUGUAAAAUAAAAACUAUACAAAGUAAUUAUUUAAUGAGUGCGAAUCAUGACCUUAUGAAUAAUAUUAUCGACAAGAUUAUCGCACCAAAAAAUGUUAAAAACUGCGAGCGCACGGUGCAAACUUUAUUACUGAAUUUUGUUUUACCUCAGAAAUUAAAUAUUAAGGUGCAGAACACCUUCAGAUGGAUUGUAUGAGUGAUAUUCAUCUAAAUAUCUAAGUAAAUCAGCAUUUCUACAGUCAAAAUCAAAGUCUCAAUGCAAUAUCGAUUGCUUAAUAAACCAUCUGUUACUCAUAUUAACAAUAUUUACUGUAAAAAUAGAAUAAGUUGCUCGCACGAAUGCUUUUGUUUGAAUUCCCCUUUUUAAAAAACUAAAAAAAGGAAGCCUGGGUCACAGCCUCAAUCGGAAAACCCCAUCACUAUUAAUAUGUUCAAGGGAUUGUCAAUGCUAAUUGUACAGAAAUGUGCUAUAAUGUGAACAUUUAAUAUGUUGAGGUAGAAAAACGUUUAAUUUUUUAGCAUUUAUGUAAAAACAAAUCAAUAUUACACCAGCACAAUCAACAGAGCACAUGUUGACCGAAUUUAUCUCGGCAUCAGGACAUCACGAUAGACAGGAGAAAGUCAUAUUUAGUUUUCUAAUAUGAUAUUUUAAGCGGACAUUUUCUAAUUCUGGGUUAAUAGUAAUUUCAAUAAAAUCUUGUGAAAUGACAAUAUAUUACACUAAACGGGUGGGUUUAUCUUCGAGGUGCUGUAUGUAAGUUCUUGACUCUUCUAAAGCAUAAAAAUACCAUAAUAUAUUUGCAGAUAUUUAAGAAACAUGCCAAGUGAACAUUCUUGUUUAUCUGAAAAACAAUGCUGAAGUCAGUUAUUUUGCUUUGAAAAUGUGUUUCCUGUGUCGGAAUGGCUGUCUUUGUUUAGGUAAUUUUAACCCACCAAUGACAGUUAAGCCAAGUAUAUUUCAGCACCCAUGGUUACCUUGGUGGAAAACUGUAUUUCAUUCAUUCAGAAAGGCUCUCAAAGCAUGCGUCCUUGACCGAAAUGCGACCUCCGGUGGACAGUAGCAGACUCCAAAAUGAGACUAAGUUCAACGUCCGGUUAUUAAUUAGCAAAUGAUAUAAAUAUUACGUAUGUAAACAAUAGGUGAGCAGGUUACAUUGUAACAGUGUGUCCUAACAACACGUUACGUGAGGAGAUUUGCAGCGAUAAAUGUUCUAAAGUUUGUAAAACUCUUUAUUUUAUUCGCAAGAUCUGAGGUGAACUAUCUGCUGCUGAUUUCAGUAUAUGGCAAUACAUGUCAUGUAAAACUCGCAUUGUUGGCAUUAAUACUGAAUAAAACACAUGAGGUUGACCUGAGGUGAUCAUUGUCAUAGUUUUCUGCUGUUCACCUGUGAGAAAUAGAAGCCAUAACCAUUAGAACAAAAACUCAAUUUAUAUGGAAAAUAUUUCUUCUAUAGGGUGCCUUCGCUUUUAUUUAUAACACAGUUUAUAUCAGCCUUUAGGCUUGAUCGUCAAAUUCGCUCCUCUUGCGUUUGUUUUGAUCCAGGAGUAAUACCUAGUUCAGCCACUGGGUGUCAAACUUACAUACUGCACCUUUAAACUUCCACGUUUUCUGGAACAACCAAAUGGGUUUUGUAAUUUUAGAAAAGAAAAUGAUUUGCUGUGUUAGAAAACAUGAAUCUGUCUGUUCCAAUCAAGUGCUGACUUCAGGUUUGGGGGACCAGAAUGUCUCUUCAAUGUCUUCUGAGCUACAGAUGAGUCAUUUAGUUCUCUUUGUCUCCUAACACAAAGUAUUGUCGAUCUUCAGCCUCUUACUCUUUGCCUGUACAUGUGCUGUUGUUUGUCCCUGCACAGCACAGCCUUGUCACCGUGCUUUUCCUGUUGUGUGCCUAUCCAAAAAGACCUUUGUCAAAAAAAAGAAGACAGAAGCAGAAGUCGUCUACAGGCAGGAGACACCUGUGUUGUCAGUGGUUUGCAAUCUCACGGAAAAGUGUUUUUGUAUCAAUGGAUGGACAAAAGCUGUGAAAUAAAACUUUAUUCCAUCAAGAGUGAAA